AUGCCAAAUGAACAAGAUUCGUCUCAAGUUGUUACUCAAGCUCUUGGUGUUGGUAAUAGCCGUUUUUGCAUAGGGCAAAUGUCGGAAUUGCGUUUAAAGGAUGAUGAUUUCAAUGCGUGGGUUGAAAGGUUUGAGUUAUAUGUUAACCUUAAUGAAAUAAAUAAGCAUAAGAAAAAGUUAAUGUUUCUAACGUUAUUAGGGAAUGAUGGAUAUUCCUUAGUUCGUGACUUAUGUACGCCUAAAAAACCCUUGGAUCUUAGUUAUGAUGAUCUUAAACAGUCGUUGUCGGAUUAUAUUAAUCCUAAACCGAAUUUAAUAACAGAACGUUAUAAAUUCAAAGAGCGUAAACAGGCAGCUGAUGAGACUAUUAUUCAGUUUUCCACGGCACUCAAGAAGAUGUCCGAGUUUUGUGAAUUUGCUACCAGUUUGAAUGAGUCUUUGCGUGAUCAAUUCAUAUGGGGCGUUAAGGACAAUAAUAUUAAAAAAAAACUAUUAUCAGAAGGUACUAUAACCUUUAAAAAGUGUGUGGAAUUGGGACUUGCAAUGGAAUCAGCAAGUAACGACGUCACAAAAUUGGAUCAACAACAUGCAGUUAAUUAUCAUAAACAGCUCAAGAGUAAGAAGUAUCAAAACAACGUCGGGAACAGGAUACCACCAACAAAAGAUAAUGGGAAGGCUACUACAUCAAAUGCCAAUGGUAAAAAGGAUAUGGUUUGUUAUUGUUGUGGGACAAAGGGUCACACAAAGCCAUUUUGUAAGUACAAAUCAUAUUCAUGUUCAAAUUGUUCUAAGUUAGGUCAUCUAAAAAAAGUGUGUAAAGCUAAGGUAAAAAAAGUUAAUAAUUUAGAACAAUGUGAUGUCGAUUUAAACUUAGAUAAUUUAUUCAAUUUAGAAACUGUUAAUGUUAAUUAUGUUCAACCUUAUUGGGUGAAAUUGAGUGUUGAGGAUAAAAUUGUGGAGUUUCAAAUAGAUACGGGUUCGAGUAUGACUGUUAUAAAUGUUAAUGAUUUAAAAAAUUAUGAGAUUAAAUAUUUGAACAGAAUGGAACAAUCUAAUGUGCGGUUGAAAACUUAUAACAAUUCUGUCAUUGUGCCUUUAGGUGUAUUAAAAGUUAGAGUUCAAUAUAAAGAUGUUUGUAAAGAAUUGGAAAUGGUUGUUGUUAAAGAGGGUGGUCCUCCAAUUCUUGGUCGGGAAUGGUUGACUAAGUUAAGUAUUCCAAUGUUUUCUGGUACUUAUUCAUUAUGUAAAUUAACAUCAUACCAGAAUGUGGUACAAACUUUUCCGUCUGUGUUUAAUGAUAUUUUGGGUUGUUAUAAGCACAAAAUGUUUGAUUUAAUUCUUAAAAAAGAUUUUAAGCCUGUUUUUCUUAAACCCAGAGUAUUACCAUUUGCCUUAAAAGGUAAAGUUAGCGAUGAGAUUGAUAGACUAGUGAAUACAAAUUUGCUAGUGCCUGUAGAAACUUCAGAUUGGGGUACGCCUAUAGUUCCUGUUAAAAAAAGUGAUGGGACUAUAAGACUAUGUGGGGAUUAUAAAGUUACACUUAAUAAGUAUUUAGAAAUAGAUAGAUAUCCUAUUCCUAGAGUAGCUGAUCUAAUGAUUGUGUUUCAGGGGGCUGCAAAGUUUUGUUCGUUAGAUUUGUGCCAAGCGUAUCAGCAGUUGGUACUUAGUGAAGAGAGUAAAAAACUAACAACUAUAUCUACUUUUAAAGGAUUGUUUAUGUUUAAUCGAUUACCAUAUGGUAUAGCCUCAGCUCCAGGGUUAUUACAAAGAGAAAUGGAAAAAUUAUUAAGUGCUAUACCAGGCACUGUAUGUUUUUACGAUGAUAUUGUAAUUGCUGGGAAAGAUGACAAAGAAUUAAGUGAAAGACUGUAUAGUGUUUUAGAUAAACUUUCUUUGGCAGGGUUAACGGUAAAGAAAGAAAAAUGUAAUUUUUUUACCGACCAUGUUACAUUUUUAGGUUACAAGGUAGAUAAAAAUGGUCUCCAUAUACCCGAUGAAAGAAUUAAAGCAAUUAAUAAUGUGGCAAUACCUAAAAGUACACAGGAUGUUAAGGCAUUUUUGGGUUUGGUUAAUUACUACGGUAAAUUUGUAGAAAAUAUGUCUACUAUCGCUGGUCCGUUAUAUGCAUUGUUGAAGAACAAUACACAAUUUGUUUGGAAUGCAAUUCAGAGUAAAGCAUUUUCUAAAAUUAAGGAAUCUAUUUUAUCUAAUAAGGUUUUGGUACAUUAUAACCCAAAUUUGGAAUUAAUUGUAGCUAGUGAUGCUAGUCUUUUUGGUGUGGGAGCUGUAUUAUCACAUAUAAUGCCAGAUGGGUCGGAGAGGCCUAUUGCUUUUGCAUCUAGGACGUUGAGUGCAUCUGAAAAGAAUUAUGCACAAAUUGACAAGGAAGCCCUUGCCUUAGUUUUUGCCAUUAAAUAUUUCCAUCAGUUUGUGUAUGGUAGGGAAUUUAUUUUAAGGACUGACCACAAGCCUUUAGUCAGUAUUUUUGGUGAAAAGAAAGGAAUUCCUCUUAUGUCAGCACAUAGACUACAGCGUUACGCUAUAUUUUUAUCCGGUUAUACUUAUAAAAUAGAAUUUAUUAAAGGUCUAGAAAAUGGUAAUGCUGAUGCUCUAUCAAGAUUGCCUUUAAGUGUAAUUGGUAGUAAUGAUAUAGAGUGUGAUAAUUUUUUCAUUAAUAUGGUAACUACUAAUAUUAAGUCUAUUGGAGAUUUAGAUAUUUGUAAUGAAAUUAAAAAAGAUGUUGUUCUGCGUGAUGUGUUUAUUAAAGUGUUUACUGGGAAUUGGCCUGAUAACAGUAAGGAUGUUUCACUAGUUCUUAAACCAUUUUACAGUAGGAGACUGGAAUUGUCUAUCGAGCAGGGUUGUUUGAUGUGGGGACAUCGAUUAAUUAUUCCUCCAAAGUAUAGGAAACAUUUGUUGCAGGAAUUGCAUAGUACACAUAUGGGUACUGUCAAGAUGAAAGCAUUGGCUAGAUCUUAUUUAUGGUGGCCAGGUAUGGAUUCUGAAAUUGAAUGUAUUACAAAAGAGUGUAAAGAAUGUUUAAUUCUUAGCGAUAGUCCACCUAAGAGUGUGUUACAUAAUUGGCCUUGGCCUGAAGGUCCUGCACAAAGAAUCCAUGUAGAUUUUUUAGGACCUGUUAAGGGUAUGAUGUUCAUAGUUAUUUUAGAUGCAUACUCAAAGUGGGUUUUUGUGAAAAGAAUGUUAAAUAUAACAUCUAGUUCUACUGUUAUGGUGUUAAGAGAGUAUUUUGCAACUUGGGGUAUACCUGCAAAAUUGGUAUCUGAUAAUGGGCCUUCUUUGUGUUCUGUUGAGUUUGAAACAUUUCUUAAAAACAAUGGUGUUUUUCACAUUAAAACUGCUCCAUAUAACCCUUCAUCUAAUGGCGCAGCAGAGAAUUUAGUGAGGACUUUCAAAAAUUACUUAAAGAAAGUAAUUUCUAGUACUAAUAAUAAAGAUUGUAUUGAUACUAGUGUGUUGAAAUUUAUUUUGUCUUAUAAUAGCACUAAACACUGUUCUACUGGUUUUAGUCCUGCUCAACUGCAUAUCGGGCGUUCUUUAUUUACAUCUUAUGAUAGGUUGACACCUUUUGCUAAAGUUAAUUAUGAAAAAAGUUUGGAUAAAAAUAAAAAUUGGUAUAGAGGUAAUAGAAAUAAAGAGUAUAUUGUUGGGGAUUUAGUAAUGUGUAGGAAUUAUACUGGAGGGGAUGAGUGGGUACAAGCAGUUAUAUUACAGAAAUUAUCUCCUGUUACUUAUGACUUGAGAUUAGGUGAUGGUAGAAUUUGGAAGAGACAUGUGAAUCAGAUUAUAGAUUGUGGUUUAGUUGUUGAAAAAGAGGUGAGUACAGAUCAAAACAUUAAUUUGGAGCAAGAAGAAGUAAUUGAGGAAAAAUUGGAGGUAACUGAAGAGUUAGGGAAGGAUGUGUUCGAUUCUCAAAAGGAUACUUGUGUUAGUACUGAAAGACCUAAGCGAGUUAAACGUUCACCUAAUAAAUUGAAUUUGUAA